CUCUUGUAUAUCAACAGUCAGGCAUAUGCGUCUGUAGCUUCCGAUAGCUAUCGGUAGCCAGUUGUCCCAUCGGAGCCACCCAAGAGAAUGGACAACCAGGUGAUAAGCAAGUGAUUUGACGUUAACACCAUGUAGAAACUCUAUGAAAGUGGCUUGAGAAAUUAUUUAAAAGGACCAUGAAUGUAAUGACAGAGAUUAAAAUUUAGCAGGCUUUCCGCUUCAAUAAACAUUCACCAAAAUAACCUCAACUCAUCAUGUCAUCUUCACCUUCUAAAGAUCAUUCUUCACCACAACACCUCCCGCUCAAGGGAAAGGUAGCUAUCGUUACCGGUAGCUCCCGAGGAAUAGGUGCAAGCAUAGCGAUAGAGCUGGCGCGGAGAGGUGCCAAUAUUACUAUCGUGUUCACUUCACCUGGAAGCGAAGCUUUGGCUUCUGAAGUCGUUUCUAAAAUCGAAAAGCUAGGAACGGGAAGUCGAGCGACAAAGGUCCAAGCAGACUUAAGCACGGUAGAAGCGGGGGACAAGAUCGUGGCAGCAACCUUAGAAACCUUCGGACAGUCUGUUGACAUCCUCGUUAACAAUGCUGCUGUCGAGUUCGAUAGGACUAUCCUUGACACAACGCCAGAAGAUUAUGCGCGGAUGUUCGAUGUCAACGUACGCGGCCCCAUCUUGAUGACGAAGGCCGUGUUGCUGCACCUACGAGCACCUGGUAGAAUCAUCAACGUUUCGUCCGUUGGAUCACGCAUAGGGUUCGCUAAAAUGGCUCUUUACUGUUCUUCCAAAGCUGCACUGGAAGGCUUGACGCGAUGUUGGGCUGCGGAACUCGGAGACGAUGGUCAUACUGUGAACACGGUGAAUCCGGGACCGACAGCGUCCGAAAUGCUAGACAAUGUCGAUAAAGAGUUUGUCGACAUCCAGCUGAAGACGACACCUGUAGGACAUAGGGUGGGCACCAGUGAGGAGAUAGCGCAAGUAGUGGGAUGGCUCGCAGAGGAACAGUCGAAAUGGAUAUCGGGACAGUCUAUUUCCGCUUCCGGUGGUUUUCUUAUGCUAUAAAUGAGAUUCGUAGACGAUGGUCAGUUCCAACCGUGUUUCUGCGGGUGUUUCCCCAGAUAAGCUUCCUUGCAGCAACGGUGACCUAAGACGACAGAUGUUUUAUGGAACAACUGGAAAGAUGGUCGGAAAAGGGCACAC